AUGGACUGGGAUUCGGACAGCGCCAGUUCGGCAAGCCCCUCGCAGCCGACUCGGCACAUGCCUAGACGUGCUGCUAAGCUCAAAGAACCGGCCAGGGUGACUCGCUCCUCUGCCGCACACCCUUCAGCUUCGGACCGCGACGGCGCGCCGUCUUUUGCUGGCCUGAGUGACGCUGAGGAGGAUAGUGACAGCGACAGUGAGGGGGAUGGCGACGAAUCUAGGAACUUUGUCGCCCACCAUGGCGGCCGGAAGCGUGGACCUGUUGACAACGAGACCCUUGCGUCCAAACGCCCUCGCCGGAAUCCUCGCCGACACACGCAGGCCCCCACCACACCCCGUCGCUCAGCGCACAAGGCAUCCGCCAGGUCAUCGGCAAAGAAGGCUGCCCCUGUGACCAUAGAGGCCCAGGUUGUGUUGGCGGGCAAUUGGGUCAUGCUGCCGUAUAUGGUCUGGCUUAACAUAUUCGAGCAUGUUGCUGCCCCGAUCCGAGACCCGUCUGCCCGCGCCGAGGACAUCACAGUCGCUUCGAGAACACUUCUCAAUGCAUCACGCAGUGCCAAGACGCUCUCAGAGCCUGCUUUGACUUCCCUAUACAGAUUUGCGGAUCUUACACCCGCCGGUGCUCUCGUGUUGAGCAAGUUGCUGGCUGUCCCCAAGGACUCCGUCGCGUUUAACUACUGGCCCAAGAUUGAGACCCUACGCAUCGAGGUCGGCGACACGCUUGUCAAGAAAGUGCAAGGCAAUUAUGUCAGCCUGCCUGCGCUGGUCCAGUCCCUUCCUCGGUUGAAGGCUGUCCUCCUGCAUCAUUCUCUCGACAAGGAACCGUAUCGCGACUUGGAUGCUCAUAUUCGCUGGAGAUAUCCCCAAGAACUCUUCGACGCAUAUUCGUUCGUUCCCCAAGGAGAACUAGGCCCUACCGAUAAGCGCAAGCCCACGGAGUUGAGAAGUUGGGUGUGGAACGCGCGCUUUGCUGGUGACCAAUGCUGCCUGGAUAAGCUGCCACUCAUCCACCAGAGUCUGAGCUUCUGCACGCUGCGAAAGGUGUCUUUCGUCAACUAUCAGGUGCCCUCCCUUAACACUAAGCUGUCAGACGAGGCCGCAGUUUUGGAGAUGGAUCUGCCCGAGAUCCGAAACUUGGCAGCCGCUAUUGCCGCAUUGCCUCGUCUUGAGCACUUGGUUUUUGAGUCUUCGACCAUGGUUAAUGGCCAUCUGUUGAACAUGCUGCCCGACAAUCUGAAACAUUUGCAACUGAUCAACUGUUGGGACGUCACAGCGGAGGCCCUGCAGGAUUACUUGCUCACUCAUGGCAGCAGCAUGCGAAAACUGACAUUUGAUCACUGCCAGGCUCUGAAUCUCGCAUUCUUGCCAGUUCUUGGUGUGGCUUGCCCCAGGUUGACUCAUUUGAGCAUGAACAUGAAGUAUUUUCGAGCCUUGGAGAGCAGUGGCUCAGCUGAUCCGUACUAUGAGUCUCUGCUUGAAGAGGGUCAGGUUCCAACAUGGCCAUCGUCUUUGCAACACCUCGAUAUACAGCAUAUGAGGUUUCGUGGAGAAUCACCUGUUCCGGUUGCAACCACGUUCUUCAAGAGUUUGGUCGAUAGUGCCUCGAACUUACCAGACUUGCGUCGACUAACAUUGAAUGCGAAGCUCCAGGCUUCGUGGAAAGAGCGCUCCAAGUUCCGCAACAAGUGGGAACACAAACUGGCAGAUAUCUUCAAGAGAUCGUGGGAUGAGCCAAGAGCGACGCCCCAGCGGCGAUAUGUGCCCCCUGCAAAGCCUCUUCGCCGUGAUUCCGAUGCAAAGGAGCGGUUGAAUAUCUCCACAACUCCAGUUCGUCGGAGUACUCGAAUUGCUGAGCAGCCGCCUACGCCUCCCACGCCCACUGAUGAAGUGCCAACCCAGAGCGAGAGAGAACGGGCCAAUGUCAGGCGGGUGCGCAAGGAGACGCUCAAACUCGCCAUACCAGGACGAGGUUAUCGUGCCGAUGACGAAGAUAGUGAAGACGAACUGUCAGCAGCCGUCGACACCCCCGAAAACCUCCCCAUCUUUAAGCAGCGUCUUUGCGAUGUUGUGGCCGUCAGCAUAGAUGACCAGAAGAUUGGCGAGUAUCAGUUUGAUGCCGAUGACUUUCUAGAUGACCCUCCCUCUGACGACGAUGCAGAGUGGGAUGGCAAUGAUAUGGAGUUUGACUAG